CAUAGUCCACGCUAGACUACAGUCCUAUAGUCAAGGGCUUACGGGUGAUUCCAGAUGGUAUCAACGUCAUGAAACCUCGGUGCUUCUUUCCUGCAACAUGCUGCUCAAACUCCAUUGAACAUACAUCAUCAAUCAAUCUCAUGUAGUCACAGCCUUUUCUCCGCUCUCUCAACCUCGCGUAAUCCUGGUUCCGUGUAGUACGCAUACGCCAUGUUCUCUGAAGAGUUAUUCGAUGGCUGGCUGGCCGUCCCGUCCAUGGGAAACUUGUUCGAACAGGAAGCCAUUGUUACUAGAGUACAGGAAGGUGCAGCCGUUGUGCAGAAACUACAUACCGAUACCAGUCUGUCAAUUCCAUUGCAAGCAGACGAACAAAGUGAAUCACCACAGUCUUCCUCAACCCCUAAUGCAGUAAAGUCCACUUCGACAGCUCGAAAGAGAAAGGGACAUACGAAAUCCAGACUAGGGUGUACAUCAUGCAAACAACGAAAGAUCAAGUGUCCAGAGCAGUGGCCGUCAUGUGCACAUUGUGUUAAGAAAGGCACAGUCUGUAGAUAUCCAAAGGUCUUCAAGGCUGCACAGCAUGAUCGAAUUGUCGGCGAAAUGAUCAAAAGACAGAGUCCUCGCCAAUCUGUCCGCCUUUCUGAUACACCAAUCUACUCUGCAAACGACAUGCGCCUCUUUCACCAUUACAUAAUCACUGCUCAUCCGUUCAUACCUGAAGAGAUGGAGACAAGGUGGGCCACUGAGGUUCCAGCAUAUAGUCAUAAGUAUGACUAUUUGAUGCAUGCAAUGCUUGCGCUUGCAAGUUCUCACCUUUCUUCGAUAUCGACAGACACUCAACAUGGAGUUGCAUUAUCUCACCGCCAUAGAGCAAUAACUGGCCUAGAGGAAGCAUUCACUAGGUGGCCGCCAAUCGCCGAAGAAGCACACGUCAUGUUAGCAACUUCCUUCUUACUUGCUUUCCAAGCAGGUUAUAUACCCGACGCUUUCCUCGACCACAUUGUCAAUCUUCGUGGUUGCCAUCUCCUUUCGCAAUUGAUAGUCGACGGUGGCCUGCCGGGGGUCUUCAAAGUCGACCCUAAAAUGCAGAGCUCUGGCCUUAAAAGGAGGCUCAUAAACUUCCCGGCCAUGAAUCAACCACUUGCACGUGGAGCCCUACGGGCAUUAACCCUCCUUGUCCCUCUAUUAGACGAAGCAAGACCCCUUGAAAGAGCAAUAUUUGCUCAACUAGUGGGGUGCAUCCGUCCCUUACUCACUCCAUCAACAUCACCUGUUUGUUCACCAAUUCUCGUCGACCCUUCUUCGCCUCUACUGUUGAACUACAACUCACCAGGACUAUCCUUAGAGCGGAUACACCCACCUGUCAUUGUCCCCUCACAACUCGCCAGCAUCAGCAACCCUCUAAUCCACGCAAACCCAGCCCUCAGUUUCGAAAGCAUUGUAGAACACGGAAUUGACUCCAUACUGGAACCACCGCCAGACCAAACCCAACCACGGCCCGACCACUCCUUCGACGCACUCAUGUCUUCCCUUCUACUUCUCACCACGGGACCGCAGCACCAAGUCAUGCAAUUACUAGCUCCCACGAACAAGGUCGGGUGUAUCGUCAUGCUGUACUUCAUGUCAGUCAGGUUCAUCGUCUCGCCGUUAUCUGCACCUCCCGCCGCCAUGCAACAUCCGAUCGCAGCCAUGGUGGAAUGGUGCGAGAAACAGCUGGACGAGCUACAACAAGAUGAUGAAGAAGACAGUGAGGGCGAAUUAAAAAAGUACCUCGCGUGGCCAGCGAAGAUAUUCGCCACGCUCAGACAGCUCUUGAAUAGAAAGGGGGUACUGACGUUUGGCGAUGCAUGUGAGAUAUUGAUGAAGGAUCCUGAGGCUUACUUGACCGGCAGAGCGCCUAUAUUGUGAAUAUCAAUGAUACUAUAUUCACCUUCAGGCGGGAAAGGUGUCAAAAAAGCAAACGAUCUUGGGUGUGCAAAUUUUUAGAAGCAAUCCAUAACUAGAAUCUAGCGAUAUUACACUCUCGCACGCAAAAUAACCAACAAUCUCAUCUCCCCAAAUUCCCAAAUACAGCACAGUC